AUGGACAACCAAGACCGCGACACCAACGAAGGAGGGCAGCCAAAGUUCCUACCCAUUGCUCGGUCUACUCCCAACGCGGUGCUGCCGCCCAUACAACGCAACACACUUCCCGCGCCUCCCUCAUACGGGUCCCUAUACCCGUCUCCUCCUCCGCCAUACGAGUCACUCUACCCCUGCGCUCCCCCGGCCUACGAGACCCUCCCGCCACCGGCCUACGAGACCCUAGACUCGCCUCCUCCGGCCUACGACACCAUCUACCCGCCGCCUCCCCCGUACUCGGCCCGCGCGCGCAGCUUGCCUUCGCGCCCUACCCUCCCCCCUCUCUGCACAAUCCUCUCCUCCAUGGGCGCCUCCCCCUCCUCCCCCCCCUCACCUCCGCCGCCAUACACUUCUGCUCCCACCACCGCGGCGCGCUUCACCGUCUACCUCGCCCGCUACUACGGCGCCGUCGACCACGACGACUCCAGCCGCGACCGCCACGCGCUCUUCGUCCUGACCGGCGCCGGCCGCGGCGUGUACCUCGACGCCACGGGCAGCCGUCGCCGCGGGCUGCGCGUCAGCCAGACCCCCGGCGACGCGCCCAGGACGCGCAGCGGCCGCCUGCGGGAGAGCAGGGUCCUGGGCAGCGUCGCGGCCGAGGACCUCGACGCGCUGUGGGAGGUGUGCCGCCGCGUGCAGCAGGAUCGGUUCCCGGUGGCGGCGCGGCCCGCGACCAAGGGCGGCAACGGCGCGGCGGCGCGGACGAGAUCAUCGCUCAAGAGCAAGACUACACCCUGCCGCUUUCUUUUGUACACCAUCGAUGUGCCUCCUCCGCCGUACAGCGAUGCUCAUGGCGCGGAGCUGUUGGCUUCGCCGUCGCAGGAAUGGGUGGCGGCUGUCAUUGCCCAGGCGCAGUCCUGUGGGCUUUUGCAAGCAAGGUAG